AUGGACGACGAUAAAAUCGAAGCGCUGCGGUCGAGGCUUGGCCAAGGCGAAGUGAAAGAUUUUGAAAAGAACUGCGUCAAAUGGGUUGAUCAAGCUCUUAGGAAGCUUCAUGGCGAGUUCAUGAACGACUAUGCGGCGGUGGAUCUUAUUGGGCGCGUAAUUAAUGCAGCCAAAACGACGAACACGACGCAGCUUCUAUCGCCCCAUAUUCUGAGCUGGGCUAAUGACAUCCUAUCACGGAUUCGGCAGGCAUCCAACUCAGACGCGUAUCUCUCCAUUUUACUGAUCCUGCUCUCAUCUUUUGGCGGCCCCUGCCGACAGGUUAAGCGCAAGAUGUGGCUCAACCUCGCCACGUUUGCGUCUAGUCCAGAUCAUAUCUUGCGACUGAAAGCUGCCACGAUUCUUUCCGCUGCGUCAACAAAGGACCAAUUUGAAGAUCUGUAUAAUGAAAUGCUGCUGCUCCUUGACCAGAUCUCGCCAAUGCUUUUGUCGAAAAACGUCGAAAAACCUGAAGAAAGAACCCUAGAAACUCUUAACACAUCGUUACUGAUUUUCAAUCAAAGCUUUGUUGAAAACGAAGAAGAGCUCGAAGAAAGUGCAGAAAUUCUGUACCGGCGAUUACACUUUACCGUCUCCUUCCUCCGCGGACACAUCCUUUACCACGGAUGCGUCGACUUCCCGGUGGAAGAUUUCUUCGCAAUUUUGCGCCACACUGCCGUCGAUCCUGCCGUGCUGAGACUACUCAGCUCGCUCGCACUUUCCAUCGUUAAAUCCUACAGUCAAGAGCUGCUUCUCGUCAACAAUAACGUCGCGGAAGUCUUGUCGGGCUUAUACGCAGCGGAUAAAGCUGGAGUGGCCGAUGCGAUUGAAGAGACGUUACUUGAAUGGAUUAAUCAACUUGGAGUGCUUGGAUCACUUCAUAGAACGAAAAAUUUUGAGAAGCUUGCGCUAAAGAUUUUGAAAAAACUUCAAAAGAACGAUGCUGAUUCGAACGAGCUGCGGUUGAAUUUGAAACCAAUGAAGAAAUCAGACGAAGAAAACACAUCGUUACAAACAAUAGCCAGCGGGCUAAAACGACUCGAGUCAAAGCUAGAAAAGCUGGGCACGCAAAGCGGCGUCUGCGUGCCCACAAAUGGAGCCAGAGAGCACGGCAUGGAGGUAGAUCUUACGCCAUCGGCGCAAAAGGGAGUUGGCGCGCGCAGGCGGCCGUCCCUCGCGGUUCGAGAAAAUGAAGAAGAGACCAGUUUGAAAAACAAAAACGCCGAGAAUUGUGAAGGAAGUGACUAUGAAUCUGACUCGCAGAAUGCCGAACAGAGUGAUACACAAGAAGCAAGUACUGAAGACGUUCCACAAGAUAUGGAGCCGGAACCAUUCGACAGCGGGGAAGAAUCGUUUGGAGAAGAAAUGGAAGAUCAGAACGCAGAAAUGGAAACUAUCGAAGUUGUUCCAUCGAAAAUUCGGCGACUGGAAGAACCAUCAAUCAUUAUCAGUCAAACGAACGUCAAGCACGACAAAGAAGGAGAUAAAGCAGAGAAAGAAGUCACAGAUGCACCUCAAGUUGAGCCUAGCGAAGAGUUAAAACGCCUGAUGGGAAUGUUUAAUCCUUCCAUGACUCCUUGA